AAACGACUAAAAACAAAUGCUCUAUUGCUCUUCAAGCCCAGAUUCUGAAAGCCCCGAGUCUCUGAGUAGCUAGAAAUUACAAUACUCUCGUUCGUUUUGGAAUGCCAAUUAGGUUUUGGUUUCCGAUCAGAGCUUUGAGGUUCGGAGCUCGUGGUUCAACAAUGGCGAAGGGGAGGUACGGCGGCCGGUUACGGAGCUCGAAAUGGUCGACGUUCACGCUCGUCUUGUCGAUGCUGUUCAUGCUGACGGUGGUGCUUCUGAUGCUCAUGGCCUUCGGAAUCGUGUCGCUUCCGGAGAGCACCGACGACUCUUCGCCGAACGAUCUCAGUUCCUUCCGCCGCAGGAUCGUUGAGAGAAGCGAGGGAUUGGGGAAGAGAGAGAAGCAGUGGACCGAAGUGAUCUCUUGGGAGCCCAGAGCUUUCAUAUAUCACAAUUUCUUGUCCAAGGAAGAAUGCGACUACUUGAUAAAGCUUGCUACGCCUCACAUGGCAAAGUCGACUGUUGUCGAUAGCAAGACUGGGAAGAGCAAAGAUAGUAGGGUCCGAACAAGCUCUGGCACAUUUCUUAGGAGAGGACGUGAUAAAGUAGUUAGGGAUAUUGAAAAGAGAAUAGCAGACUUCACUUUUAUUCCUGUAGAGCAUGGAGAAGGACUUCAAAUUCUCCACUAUGAAGUUGGACAGAAGUACGAUGCACAUUUUGAUUACUUCCUUGAUGAGUUCAACACCAAGAAUGGAGGCCAACGGAUUGCCACUCUUCUGAUGUAUCUGUCAGAUGUUGAAGAAGGUGGUGAAACAGUGUUUCCUGCUGCCAAAGGGAAUAUCAGCUCUGUGCGUUGGUGGAAUGAAUUAUCUGAAUGUGGUAAACAGGGACUUGCAGUGAAACCUAAAAUGGGGGAUGCAUUACUAUUUUGGAGCAUGAGGCCCGAUGCUAGUCUAGACGCAUCAAGUCUGCAUGGUGGAUGCCCUGUGAUAAGGGGUAACAAGUGGUCGUCUACAAAGUGGAUGCAUCUUGAAGAGUACAAAGUCUAAGGCAUUAUUUUCCCACAUACCAAAGGGACAUGAAGAGAGAGAUUCAUGUUAUGCAGUUAAGAUUCAUGUUUUGCAGUUAGCAGAUUUAAAAUUACUGACAACUGAAAGCACUCACCAUACCCUUUAGGUCUUACUACAACCGCAUAGGAGCUGUCCUGCCAAUCUCUUGAUCUGCUGGUCUAAAGGAAGGGGUCUGUUCUUCCCUACUGAUGACAUUGAGAGACUGUAAAAUUAGCAAAAUUUUCGUUAUUGGGCGGAAUAUAUAAUUACAGGUUCUUUUAGCUGUUAAAAUUUCUUUACUUUUCUUUUGUACAUUGCUUGUAAAACUAAAAGGUAAAAUGAGAGCAAUGCUUACCUUUUGGAGCAUAAACAGUCUUAAGCAUUAGCGCUAGGAUUUGGAUUACACCGUCUAUAGGGCGGUCCCUGUCUAUUUUGAUCACACGCUCGUAAGCUACUAAUGACCCAAAUUGGCUAAAUUUGAUGGUA